AUGUCGGUCAAUACUACGUACUGCCUUCAUUAUGUCGGUCAAUUACUAUGUACGCCAAUUCUCACUAUGUCGGUCAAUUACCUUCAGUCAAUUACGCCUUCAGUCAAUUACCUUCAUGUGGUCAAUCCUUCAUGUGGUCAAUUACCUUCAUGUGGUCAAUUACCUUCAUGUGGCCAAUUACCUUCAUGGUCAAUUACCUUCAUGUUCAUUGUAUCCUUCUCCCUAGUCGCCAAUCACGUCGUUCGCCAACGACUUCUCCAAGCGCCGUCUCGCCCGCAAGAUCAUCUCCUCUCUUCGUCUCUGCAACAACGCCAGCCGUUCGCUUUCGUCCUGGCCCCACUUGGCGUCGGUCUCGUCCGCGUCCGCGAGGACCUCGAUGUUAUAUUUCUCAAGCAACGUCUUGGCCCCGCCCUCCGGCGCCACAUUGUGGGCGUUGUCCUCGGCAUCGUGCCCUGGCGGGAACGGCAAAGACAGGUUUUCCAUGUAUUCGUCCACGGUGGCCUCGACAGAGCCCGUGCGCUCCAAACUGAAGCGGAUCUGCUGCUCCGUGAGCUGCGGCGCAAUGGCACGCACCACCUCGACCAUGGAGUCCGUGACUUCGCGGCGGCGUCUCUGUCUUGCCGCCGGAACAUGGUUGUUGGUGUGGUUUUCGGGCUGGCCCACUGA